AUGGUAUAUAAUGCCUUGGAUAAUUUGGGAUUGGUUUGUGAGGAAGAUGGUAAUUUUCGCUGUGAAAGUUGCCAUGGAGAACUCCGGGCAGAGAGUGACAAGUUUGCAGCUCAAAAAGGAGGAGAUGGAGAUGAUAAUGCAAGGAAGCGGCGCCGUGAAAAACUGAAGAGCAUGCUUCAAAAACUGGAGACUCAGCUCAAGCCCUUGAUGAGUCAACUCGACAGAGUGAAAGAUUUGGCUGUGCCUGAAUUUGGAACCCUCCAAGCAUGGGAAGCUCGAGCAAGUGCCGCUGGGCGUGCACCUAAUGGCGAUUCUAGUUCCAAUGAUCCCUCAAAAUCUUCUCAGGUUGGGUAUGGUGGAACACCAAUGCCAUUUCUUGGUGACACAAAGACUGUUAAGGAAAGGCAACGAAUUUCGUGACUCAACACUCGGGCAAUAGAUCUCGUGGCUUAGGGCGAUGCUCUUCCUCCUUCUUCGACUACCAAUGACGUCUCUUGAGUGGGAGAAGAAGAUAGGUGGAAAUGUCAAUUUCAGUCACCAGAGAAGCAAAAGAGAAAAUGCAAACUCUAAAGGGGAAAUGGUCAAUUUUUAAACUUUAAAUAAAAAAAAUUAUUAGAUUUUCAAAUUAAACGA